UUGCUUUUCCGUUUAAUGAAUGCUUCAUAAAAUAAAAAUCAAAAGAUUUUCUUGCUCAUUCUCAUUCUCAACACCAUUGAAUUACACAAGUGGUGGAGAAUUGGAGAUCCAUAGAUUGAUGAAGCAGCGAUCAAUGUCGCCCAAAACCCUCGAUCCAAGGCGUGCUAUAGAGAACUGUAUAUUUCACUUGCACAGUUGGAGGCCAUUUCAGGUUCAAUCCAAAACCCUAGACUCCUCCGAUUCCGCUAAACCUUAUGCCGCCCAAGGCAAUGGCUUCUUCAGCAAGCGCCCCUGCCGUGCCGAUCGAGCGACGGCGUUCCCGAUUGACGCCCUCGACAUGUCGAAGCUGAGUUUGUUCGACGAAGACCGCCCCUUGUCCGCUCACAAACGGGAUAGCGGCAUCCGCUGGAUCGCUCGGAAGCGGCGCCGUCGCGGCUCCAGGUCGGUCUCCGGGAGAAGCAGUGACCGCAGCGGGACGCGCCUGAGGUGCUGCUCCGUCGGCGCAUCGGCGGCUUGUGGCACGUGCUCUGAUUUUCCGAUGGCGCCUGGGACGGAUUCGAGCGGGGAGCUUUUCGUGAAUGGGGAUGUGAAUUGGGCGUCGGAUGUGAGUGAGGCGGCGAGGAAUUCGAGGAGGAGGGAGAGGGACGGCGGAAGUGCCGAGAGGGAGAGUUCGAUUGCUGCUUCCCAUUCCCAAAUUGGGAAUGCUGAAAGCCAAGGUAAUGAGUCCGGGUAUGGAAGUGAACCAGGGUAUCGAGGCGACGGGGAGAUAGGAUAUGGGGAUGAGUUCGAUGAAGAAGAAGAUGAUCAACGGCUGUUAUUCUGGGGCCAUGAAUUUGGAGCCUCUAAAGCGGAGAAGAUGGGCAAGAACGCAUUGCAGAAAGCUCAUCAUAGAUGCCGGCGUAGGAAGCAUGACAUCAAAAUGGUAGAUCUCAUGACAUAGCAAAGUUUCAUUGGCAAAUAUGUAAAGCUGCUGAUGUGCCCGCCCUCAAAUGUCACAACUCACAAACAACACACCAUUUGUUCUUGGCUGCCCCCAGCAUUUUAGUACUCUGGAAAGUUAAGGAUGUCUAUAAUCUGGAUAUGCUUCAGUGUGAUGAGAUAUAUAUGUUGUAUUUAUAUAUAAUGAGAGCCUAUUUAAUUAUUUAUAUGGUAAACAAACAUUCAGGCUAGGCUGUAUGCUCUAUACUAUUGUAAUCCUUUGAAAUGUCUAGAAAAUGUUUUGUUAAUGUGAAAAAAAUACAAAAGCUUCAAAUGCCAAAAAACUUUCUUUCUCA